AUGCCCACAAAGACCGCUCCGAACCCCGUAGAGAAAACCUACGCUCUUCCACCACCCCACCUCUCGUCGAAAACACUCCACAUCGCCGGCAUCCUGACCACAGUCUUCGGGCUCGAUGAACUCGCUCCGAACACAAGGGAGACAGCAUGUCUCUGGCUCCUGCAUCCACGCCUACAGACACAAGCAUGCAUGCAGCCGUUUGCGGCAUGCACAAUUGCGGAUUGGAACGAGCGCAUACGCGAAGGUCGGGCUGGGUCGUCGCAACCGGCCAAGGGGCUGAUAGCCGUGUCGUUCGACCAGAGGAACCAUGGGACCAGAGAGGUGGACGGGCUUGCGAACGAGGCGUGGAGGGCGGGGAACCCGAGACAUGCGCUGGAUAUGUUCUCGCAGAUACACGGCACGGCGGCGGAUACUUCAAUUCUCCUCGACUACCUGGCAGCAUAUAUUUUUCCUGAGAGGGACGGGGUAAAGGUUAGUCAGAAUAUGGUGUUCGGCGUUUCACUGGGUGGUCAUGCAGCCUGGCAGGUGCUUCUCCGGGAACCGCGCAUGACUACUGGCAUCAUUGGCAUUGGCUGCCCGGAUUACAAGAGUUUGAUGAUGGAUCGUGCACGGCUGUCUAAGCUGGCAGACUGGGAUUCGAGUGACCCUUCUAGCUUUUUGGGCAGCAAGAGCUUCCCACGAACGCUGGUGGCAGCAGUAGACAAGCAUGACCCUGCUGGGCUAAUCAUGGGCCAGCUGGAGCGUACCAUCAAUGAUAGCUAUGUGCAUGAGCUGUCAGAAAAUGAGGAAGAAAAGGUUUCGAGAGUGCUCGAUCACACGCUACGCAAUAAGCGGAUAUUGCUCCUGUCUGGCGCAGCUGAUAAAUUAGUGCCUUACAGAUGUGGUCAGUCGUUUCUCAACUUUCUCAAAAGAGCCAUAAGUACGUAUUAUAAGCACGGAGGGCUAGUGUUGGAAGACCUUGUCUUUGACGGCGUGGGCCAUGAAAUCUCACCCAAUAUGUUAAAGGAGUUGAUUCGAUUUGUGGACGAGUCGUUGGGAGCGCAUGUCCAAGACUCAGGAUCGAUAUCCGGAGAGCUUAGAACAAGUAGCAAAAUCUGA